AUGGACGUCCUCGGCAGGAUCGCGCGAGCCAUCUCCAACGCCUUGCGCGACCCGGAGAAGCUACCGGGGGCGCUGAUCCUGUGCGGCGUCCUCGAAGCCGCGGCGGCGCUCUCCCUCGUCUUCUUCAGGGUGCCUGGCGGAGUGUUCCUCCACCAUGGCGACAGGGCGCUCGUCUACGUGUACUACGGGGUGCUCAUCGCCGUGGUGGUGUUCGGGCUCGCAGAGGCGUCGACGGCGUUCUGGGUGGCAGGGGACCCGAACGGCCGGCGCGCCGUCGGGAUGACCGUCCUGUGGCUCUCCAUCCUGCCUCUGAUCAUCGUUGCCGCCCUCGGAGGCUUUUCCUCUGCGCCCCCAAAGUAG